UGAGUCUCGCUAAUCUUCGAUUCUACCUUUGUAAUUGGUAUCGAAAAGAAAUCUGCAUUGGGCAAUUAGGUUUUAAUAUGUUGACAAACACAAACAUCAUAUCUUGAUAACUUUAAUAUAUUGAAUUUUGUAGACCUGUAGGUUUGUUUAUAUAUGAUAAAAUCGAGUGAAUUACUGGGAUUUAACAUUUCUCAGUUAUAUUGUCACUUAAGUUAAUAAGAAAGUUGUUCAAUUAAUUUUWUAGUGGAACUAACCCUAGUAGUUAAUCUCAAAGCCGACAUUUGGAAUACUGAUCCUGAGAAAGCUUCAAAGAGAGCUUUUGUAUUUGUUGACCAGAGGCUGCCUGCGAUGAUGUUCAAUAAAAAGUUGUUAGUCUUUUUUAUUAGUUUGAAAAUAAGCCAUUAAUUUACAAGUAAAAAAUAUUGACGUUCACUUAUCUUGUUUAUUAUUAUUGCUGUACUUUCUAGUGUCCAAAUUAGUUAUUCUAAACAUCCUUUGUACCAUCCCAGCAACGAGUAGUUGCCAUCGCUGUUCUCGUGAAAAAUCUCCCAGCACUCAAGAACAUUCAAAAACUAAACUCGUUGCUCAAGAACCCUUGAGCUAAUUCCAACCUGUCAAAAAGUGCACGCUCUAUUAGACUCUUCGUUAAGUCCCUUAAGACACAGUCUCCGUCUUCAACGGUUGAAAAAGAUCCCUUGAACAAGGGGAGGUUUGCGAUGUGGCACUUGUGCAGUGUUGACUAUUGUCAGACGAGAUAGUGAAUACAAACAAGUUUGUACACUUGGAUUACAAAGUUUAACAACUGAUUACAUACCAGUUGCAUGUGCCCACUACGGGUACAAGUUCACGGUCCUACAACCACAUGGCACUUCGUUGAACACAACCAGUUAUCAUCGAGCGUUCACKGAAUUUGAUUGAUGACACUUUUUGUCUGUUUAUCUUCUUUUGAAUUUAACUUAACUGGACAACUCAGGCAGCUUUGUUGACAAAGAUUACAAUCCAUAAAUUAGAGUAUCUCAGAUGUUUAUUGAUUGCCACAGUGCUAAGCCUUGUAGAGAAACAAAUCCACCAUGUCUAGAAUGGUGUGUUGAUAUGAUCUCAAUGUGAUUCGCACUGUUGCCAAUGCCUUCCUUGCGAAAUCACAUUAAGUGAAGUGAAGCCUUUGUAAAGCAGUGAUUUGCUGUCUUCUAUAAGAGGGCGGGAGUUGUUUCACAAAACAGGGUUAUUAUAUAUGAUACUUUAAGUCUCAAGAAACAGGAUUUACGUCAGACAUAGGGUGCUAAAAGCCUUUUUGGCAAUUUCCUACGAGCUAUACAAUCAAGCAACAGGCUACUCGUCAUAAGUCUACAAAACUCAAUUGAUGGACGUCGGAAAUGAUUGAAUCUCAAUAACAACAUUCCUAAGAAUACAGAUUAGUUGGUCACAGUUGUGUGGUUAUGCUAAUAGCUAUUGUAGUCCUAUAAAAGAGUACGUAGUCUGAACAAAAAGAAUGUCGAAAGAAUGCCCGUUGUGGUACUAUUAACUUCUCAAGCAGUAUUAGUACAUCUGGUGUGACCUGUCAAUCAUAAUCAGAGGUGUUAUAUUACUGGGGUCACCACCAAAGGCACAACAGUCUCAACCGCGAUCUCAUGUCUUAGACAUCAACCUUACCAUGUUAAAGUUUGCUAUCAAGAAAACUUCAAAGGAUAUUUUCCACGACGCCGUUGCAAGCAAAGAUACUUCGCGAUUGAAAUUCUUGCUCCAGAAUAAUCGCCUUAGCUUCGAAGUYGACGAACUCGAUGAUGACGGGUUGACUGCGUUACAGCGAAGUUGCUUCAUUGGAAAUUUAAAACUUGUACAGUUGCUAGUUACGUACGGCGCGAAUAUUCAUAUACAAGAUCGAGAGGGAUGGAGUGUUCUACAYGCGUCAGCUGUGGCUGGGAAUUACUCGAUUCUACGGUAUUUAAUAUCCACGGGAGCGGAUGUGUCAGUUAGAAAUGACUUGGGACAAUURCCUAUCGAUUUGGCUAAUGAUUUAUAYAGUAUUAUUGUGCUACUGGAAGCCAUGAUAAAAGCCGGUCACGGCGAUCUGAUACAACAAUACUUUACUCCAAGACCGUCACUAAAAGGUUUAAUCGAAGAUAAGUUAAGACUUUUAUCGCCUGAGAACCAAGAUCCAUCUCAUGUURAUAUUAACCUGACCAGUGAAGGUGAAAAUGGCAACCAGAAGAGUCAAUUAAGUUUAGUGCUGAACAGCGUUAAUUUACAAGAAAACUCUGUGAAGGACACUCAAGGUGACGACUCUCUAGAGAAUUCGUGGAGCACUUCAAACAAUGAAUUAGGAGUUCGUUUAAACAAGGAGGGAGGGAAACCGGAAGAGACAAGGAUUCUAGAUGAUAAAAGACCUCCUAAAAGAGCUAUUUGUAAAAAGUGUUUKGGGAAAAAGCGCUCGUCCAGCGCUUCGUCUGCAUCGUCAGAUUCCUCUUCUUCAAGCUACGAUUCUGCUUAUAUUUCCUCGCUAUCUCUUCAAUCAGACAGCAAUUCAAAUGGUCAUUUAGACAUAGAAAGUUUGACUAAUGAAUUUUCUAUAUAUUGUAAUUUAUCAAAACAGACAUCAAACUCAACGAAGCACAACAUUCAUAACUGCAAGAAGAAGGACAAGAAGCGUAAAAUGAGGAUGUUUUCUUCGCCUGCUCGUCUAACACCUACUAAACAAGCAGAAAUGCUGGAAAAAAUUCAAGAGCUUAAUGGUGAUGUCAACUCGCUUAAUUCUGCCGGGCUUUCUCUCCUGCAUGUUUGCGCAAGUCGUGGCGACGCAGAAGGCGCUCAAAUUCUUCUGGAGCAAGGUGCAGAAGUUAAUCGGCAAGCUUUGAAUGGCAGCUCACCGCUUCACGAGGCAGCAAGGAGCGGGGAUUUGGAUUGUACACUGUUACUUUUAUCUUAUGGAGCAGAUAUGUUUGCAGAUGACGAUAAUGGCUUGUUGCCCAUAGACUUAGCGGACAAUACACAGCAAAAAUUGUUAUUGCAUCGCGCCAUGGCAAUGAAAUGAUAACACGCUGGGCUGAUCAAUAACGUAAUAUUUGAAAAUUAAACAAAGAACUUAUAUAAGGGCUUUAUAACAUAGUUUAAACUUUGAAAUUUUGUAUUUAAAGUAAAACAUAUGAUAAAAUAUAUCAAUUUAUAUAAGUGAGGGUGAUCGAGUGUGUGUGUGGGGAGAUUGGGAGAAGAGAGGAAAACCUUCCAAAGUGUAUGACUUCACUGAUUAAAAGUAUAUUUAUAAAUGACGACAGAGAAUGAAUAAUUUCAAACUUUGAAUGUAGUUUCAUUUAGCAAAAGCGUUUGCCAGAAAGCUUUUAAUUAAAAAAAGUAAUAUCCAAACCCUUUUUAUUUGUUGAAUUCAUAAAACAUGUCGUUAACAUAAACACAGAAGGCCUAGAUAUAUUUUCAAUUGAACUGCCUCUUGAACUUAAAUCAGAGCGGUGUCAUUUACCGCUUAUAAAGCUUUCUCAUGUACACAGAUUAAACACAAAGCAAACCAGUGCAAACGAUUGUCGAAAUUCAUCUCGAUCAUCGUUUASUUUACCUAAAUGUCGAAAAGGGUCUAUACAAAGCUAAACUACAUUCUAUGGGACAAAUGGUAUGGGUAAAAUAAAUAGGAUUGAUUUUAAAAUGA